CCGGGCAAUGGGCAUGGUGCCCGCGAACAAGCUUGCACUCGACAAUGCGUUCCGAGAUUUUGACGGGUAUCGGUGUUUCAUAGUGCUGCGUUUCUCCGUUUUCCACAAUCCCGUCGUGUUUUGGCUACGUACCGCGUCAAGCUCGGGCAAUUUUUCUUUUUCCAACACCUUUGGGACGAGCACCGAUCGAUCUCUUCGGUGUUUCCAUGUUAUCGAAAUCUGCAAUAAUAGAGCAAGAAUCAAAUACUUGAAGAUGUCUUUGUCAGUAAAUUUUGAAUAAAUUACUCUAGAGAUUGAGACCGUAAGCACCUAUAAAAGACAGAGGAAGAACAGGAAGCCUGUGUAAGGUCUCGUUCAUUGAGUUAACUUUAGAUCACCACAGAAUGGGUCGCAAAAAGGCUCGAGGCAAAAGGGCUACUGCACAUCACUGUCCAAAGGUAUCAAAAGACAAAUGCAGCAAUGCACCGUCGACACCCAGCUUUCCUCCGAAGGAGGAAGAGAAGUCCACUGCGAUCGAUGAGACUUGCAAGUCAGACACGUGUCCGAAAAAUCAAGUAACAGAUGUUCUCAUCGAUGUCCACUCGAGACUAAUGUAUCCUCUGGUCGAACAAUCCGAGGAUUUAUCAGACGAGAGCGACGAGGAUGCAGAGACCAUCGAGUUGAACGUCAGACCUCGAUUCGUCUACGUGGCUAGCCUCUGCGCUGUUUGUCUAGAGAAGUCGAAAAUAUUUUGCGACGAUUGUCGAAUGGUGUCCUACUGUUCGCCGAACCAUCGAACGCAGGGACAGCAGGAGCAUAGCGAUUUGUGCGCUGGUUUAUCAAAGAUUCGUUUCUCCAUCGCGACGAUGCUAACUGGGGAAUCGGACGAGUUACUCGACGCGGAACAGUACAGAGUUUACAGGAUGCAGCUCCUCGCGAUCCUCGAGUCCGAGAUCGGCCGCCCGUUGAAACUUUGGGAGAAGGAGAUCGUCCUGUAUCCCAUGGUCUGUCGAGUCUGUCGCCGUUUUCAAGAGGACCCGAUUUGCUGUUCUCGCUGCUCGAUGGAAACACUUUGCAACCAUCACCCCGACGAGCACGGGAAAUGGUGCAAGGAAUUCCAAGUGCUUCGUAGAUGCUUGGUCCUCCAGCACAGACAUGGCUGCGUCGAUCCUAGAAUUCCUAAUGCGCGACAAUCAUCCCCUCUCGCUUUAUCGGGGCUAGGUUUCGACGAGCUGAUGCACGGAAUUUAUGGAAAUUGUUCGUAUUACCGUGAAAUGGACAGCUACACGUACUCCAUCCUGUCCCAUUUAGGUACGAUACCGUUAACGACCCUUUAUUCCAUGCAAAUUGCCUGUCCCGAGUGGAGUAGCGCGACCGUUUGGACAGUACACGUGGUAGGGGCGGAAUUUCAAUUCGAGGGGGUAAAUUUGCACGUUUGGGAAAAAUUGUUCCUUCAUUUUCUACCCAAUCUGAAGACGCUCCGCGUGUUGCUCGUAGGACCAGAGUUACGGUUACCAAACGGCGUCCCAGCCAAGCUUCUAUCCAAAGUGAAACGUUGCACCGAGUGCAGAGCUACCAACCGAUCCGUCGACGUUUCGUUUCAACCGGAGCGACUCUAUCACGAGCUCGUUCGCAGCGAACGCGUUUCCAAGCCUGAUCUAAUCUGCGCGUUCAACGCGGGCCUCUAUCGUAGCACAGGGUUCGCUGGGGAGGACACUUGGCCGGAAACGAUACGAGAAUUUUGUAAAACUUUAUCUCCUAUUGUUAUCACGUCUUACACAGCGGACGAAAUGGUCUGGGAAAUGGCGCGGAUAAAUUCAGUGAGCGACGUCGACGUUCUAUUGGAGCCGCGACGGAAUCCGUUUGCCUCGAUUAAACCGGAUCGCAACUUUGUCAGCGACGACACGAAUCCUCUUAUUUAUAAGAAUUAUUACAUCACCGUUGUUAAGGGGAAAACGAACGCGCAGUAGGCGUUUUACGAUAAGAAUUACCUGAAUUUUUCCCUCGUUGCCUCGGUGCCUUUUUCACUUCGACGUAAGUUCGUCGUAGGGUUAUUGCUAUUCUUCUUUUUUUUUUUACCUUGAACCUAAAAUUUCUUUGCUAACGAAACGUAUCAUGGUCUUUGCGAGAUUAACAAAAUACAAUAUAAUUCCGCGAAUGUCUGUUUUAACGAGGAGAGACAAGAAACAAGGAAUAAGA